CCAUGACCCGAGCGUUCCGCGCCGCGCUUCGCCAGGCUCUCCUGCUCGCCGCGGCCGCCGCGCUCUCGGCAGGUUUGAAGUGUGUUUGUCUUUUGUGUGACUCUUCAAACUUUACCUGCCAAACAGAAGGAGCAUGUUGGGCUUCCGUUAUGUUAACCAACGGAAAGGAACAGGUGAUCAAGUCCUGCGUCUCUCUCCCAGAAUUAAAUGCGCAAGUCUUCUGUCAUAGUUCCAACAAUGUUACCAAAACGGAAUGCUGCUUCACAGAUUUUUGCAACAACAUAACUCUGCACCUUCCAACAGCAUCACCAAAUGCCCCAAAACUUGGACCCAUGGAGUUGACCAUUAUUAUUACUGUGCCAGUUUGCCUCCUGUCCAUAGCUUCACUGCUGACAGUAUGGGCAUGCCAAGGUCGACUGUGCACCUACAGAAAGAAAAAGAGACUGAAUGUGGAGGAGCCCCUUUCUGAGUGCCAUCUGGUCAAUGCUGGGAAAACUCUAAAAGAUCUGAUUUACGAUGUGACCGCCUCUGGAUCUGGCUCUGGUCUGCCUCUAUUGGUUCAAAGAACAAUUGCAAGGACGAUUGUACUUCAGGAAAUAGUAGGAAAAGGUAGAUUUGGUGAGGUCUGGCACGGAAGAUGGUGCGGGGAAGAUGUGGCUGUGAAAAUAUUCUCCUCCAGAGAUGAAAGGUCUUGGUUUCGAGAGGCAGAAAUUUAUCAGACCGUUAUGCUGAGACAUGAAAACAUCCUUGGCUUCAUUGCUGCUGACAACAAAGAUAAUGGAACUUGGACUCAACUUUGGCUUGUCUCUGAAUAUCAUGAACAGGGCUCCUUAUAUGACUAUUUGAAUAGAAACAUAGUGACAGUGGCUGGAAUGAUCAAACUGGCACUUUCAAUAGCUAGUGGUCUGGCCCACCUUCAUAUGGAGAUUGUUGGUACACAAGGUAAACCUGCUAUUGCUCAUCGAGAUAUAAAAUCAAAGAAUAUCUUAGUGAAAAAAUGUGAAACUUGUGCCAUAGCAGACUUAGGGUUGGCUGUGAAGCAUGAUUCAAUACUGAACACUAUUGACAUACCUCAGAAUCCUAAAGUAGGAACCAAAAGGUACAUGGCUCCUGAAAUGCUUGAUGAUACAAUAAAUGUGAAUAUCUUCGAGUCCUUCAAACGAGCUGACAUCUAUUCUGUUGGUCUGGUUUACUGGGAAAUAGCCCGGAGGUGUUCAGUCGGAGGAAUUGUUGAGGAGUACCAGUUGCCUUAUUAUGACAUGGUGCCUUCAGAUCCCUCAAUAGAGGAAAUGAGGAAGGUUGUCUGUGACCAGAAGUUCCGACCAAGUAUCCCAAACCAGUGGCAAAGCUGCGAAGCACUCCGAGUCAUGGGGAGAAUAAUGCGUGAGUGUUGGUAUGCCAAUGGGGCAGCCCGCCUAACCGCCCUUCGGAUUAAGAAGACUAUUUCUCAACUUUGUGUCAAAGAAGACUGCAAAGCCUGA